CCACUUUUGACAGCUGUCAUGGCUGAAAAAAGAAAUGUUUUGGGGCUACCUCUGCUGUUUUUGUUGAUAUCCGUGGCGCUGUUACACUUAUUUAUUUGCCCGUUCACUAAAGUCGAGGAGAGCUUUAACCUGCAAGCGGCACACGACAUUCUCUACCACAGACUUGACUUUGACAAGUACGACCAUCAUGAGUUCCCCGGUGUGGUGCCCCGGACCUUCCUCGGCCCCCUGCUGCUCUCCACCCUGUGCUCCCCUGCUGUGUUGCUCUCAUCUCUGCUGGAUGCACCCAAACUCUGCACACAGCUGAUAGUGCGAGGCUGCCUGGGGGUGUGUGUGAUCGGGGCGCUGUGGCACAUGCAGAGGGAGGUGAGGAGGCAGUUUGGCUCCACAGUCGCGGGACUCUUCUGUGUGACUUGCGGCUCCCAGUUUCAUCUCAUGUUCUACAGCACCAGGACUCUCCCCAAUGUUUUUGCACUGCCGAUAGUUCUCUUGGCGUUCACAUCUUGGAUGGGACAAAAACACGGCUCCUUCAUCGGCCUCUCGGCUCUGGUCAUCAUUGUGUUCCGGUCAGAGCUCUGCAUCUUCCUGGGUCUCAUGUUGCUGAUGUCGCUGCUGAGCAGGAAGCUGCGGCUACUCGAGCUGUUUUACUACGCUGUGCCGGCCGGGGUCUUGUCACUGGCUCUGACUGUGGCUGUUGACUCCUUCUUUUGGGGGAAGCUGCUGUGGCCUGAAGGUCAGGUUUUGUGGUACAACACCAUCCUCAACAAAAGCUCCAACUGGGGAACCUCCCCCUUUCUGUGGUACUUCUACUCGGCGGUGCCUCGGGCCCUGGGCUGCACGCUGCUCUUCGUCCCCCUCGGCCUCCUGGACAGGCGGAUGCGGCUGCUGCUGCUCCCCACUGUAGGCUUCAUCCUCAUCUACUCGCUGCUGCCCCACAAGGAGCUGCGCUUCAUCAUCUACACUUUCCCUGUGCUGAAUCUGGUGGCCGCCCGUGGCUGCUCUUUCAUUUUGAGCAACUACCAGAAGUCCUGGAUGUAUAAACUGGGCACUUUGGUUGUGGUUGGCCAGCUGCUGAUCAACUCUGCGUACUCCAGUGUUUCUCUCUAUGUUUCCCACCACAACUACCCGGGAGGCAGAGCCAUGCAGGAGCUACACAGGCUUGUUCCAGCCACAGCAGAUGUCUUUGUUCAUAUUGACACCUAUGCUGCUGAAACUGGGGUGUCUCGCUUUUUGGAGCAAAACAGGAACUGGAAAUAUGACAAACGAGAGGACCUGAGCCCUGAAAGCCCAGAGAUGAAAACAUACUCCCACCUUCUGAUGGAGGCCAACGUCACCAAGAUACAUCUUCUCCGAGACACUCAUCAGCCUCUGACCUUCAUAGAAGGUUACAACAACAUAGCCGUGGACUUAUCUCACUUUCCUCCUGUCAGUGUGCGACUAGAGAGGAAAGCUGUGCUGUUGGAGAGAAAGACUGAACCCGAGCAACAGACAGAGUAAAUUUACUUGGAGUGGGUGUGACUGUGACUCAAUGAGUCACUUUUUUUUUUUUUUAUUGAAAAAUAAGACCAAAGCUAGUGUUGCUAUGUAAUACAGUGUUCUCAGAGGUGGGAACAGGGUUGAUGGACAUCUAUUCCUGGAGAUAUGACCAACACAGGACAUUCCAGUUUUCAUGUUACAUUACAGAUUAUUUAUUUAAUCAAGUAGCUGCAGUGGGAGAAAUCUCUUCCCCGGGAUAAAUGUAAAUACCCAGCAUUCAAACAUAAUUUUGUCAUGCAUCUUUACUGGUCAUGUGUAAUGACUUCAAACUGAUCAUUAUUCUCAUGCUGAGCAAUGCAAAUGAUCAAAAUACAAAUUAGCCACUACAGUGUAUUUCAAAUUUCUCCAAGCAUGUUUACCUUUUGAAAACAUAACUUGAUAUUCCUUACCUCAGAAUGAUGUAUUUUUGUAUGUUUUUUUAAUAGAUGGAUAAUAAAACUUACUGAGAACUGGGCAAA